UUAAAGACCGGACGCUUCCGGCGGAGGGGAGCUGUGGCGGGGCUUGUUGGGAUCAUGGCGGAGAAUCACUGCGAGCUGCAGCCGCCAACCCCUAACAGCCUCGGGGCGGGGCUGGGGGGCGGCUUGUGUCGCCGUUGCAGCGCUGGGCUCGGCGCCCUGGCUCAGCGUCCUGGUGGCGUGUCCAAGUGGGUCCGGCUCAACGUCGGUGGUACCUAUUUCCUUACCACCCGGCAGACGCUCUGCCGGGACCCGAAGUCCUUCCUGUACCGCCUGUGCCAGGCCGACCCCGACCUGGACUCCGAUAAGGAUGAAACAGGUGCCUAUUUAAUUGACAGAGAUCCCACCUACUUUGGACCUGUACUGAACUACCUGAGACAUGGAAAACUGGUUAUUAACAAAGACCUUGCAGAGGAAGGAGUGUUGGAGGAAGCAGAAUUUUACAAUAUCACCUCACUAAUAAAACUUGUAAAGGAUAAAAUUAGAGAACGAGACAGCAAAACAUCACAGAUGCCUGUGAAACAUGUGUACCGUGUGCUGCAGUGCCAGGAAGAGGAACUCACACAGAUGGUGUCCACCAUGUCAGAUGGCUGGAAGUUCGAGCAGCUGGUCAGUAUUGGCUCCUCUUACAACUAUGGAAAUGAAGACCAGGCUGAGUUCCUCUGUGUGGUUUCCAAGGAGCUGCACAACACCCCGUAUGGCACAACCAGUGAGCCCAGUGAGAAAGCCAAGAUUUUGCAAGAACGGGGCUCAAGGAUGUGAGGAGUACUGACAGCUGAAGAAAUGAUUUCCUUUUUCCCAAGAAACAGUGAGCCGCCAUGUCCAGGAAACAUGGCUGUGAGAAGAAAUCUGCUUUUGAUCAUUUCUCUAGAGAUCUGGGUGUGGAUCCUUUUUUGCCUCAGAUGUGGGUGGCGAGAGACAGCCCAGCUGUCAAGCCAGUCAUCCCCACAGGGAGGCAGUCAGAGCUGGGUUUGACAGUCUCUGUGGUCUCACUCUGUUCUUUCUCAGUGCCACAUGGGACUGGGGCAGAAUGCUAUUGACCAGCCCGUGCAGUCCUGAAGACAAUUUGAAGGACGGGGUCCUUGGUGCUAUACAUUGUCUGCGACAAGCAGCCUGGGGCUUGCCAGGAGGAAGGGCAGCAGCCAUAACUCCUGUCCAGUGCACUGUGGCUCGGGGCUUUGGUGCCUUCUCAUCACCACUUGAGCACCAGGCCCCCAUCCUUGGGUCAGGGAGGCUACUCUGCCUCCAGGCAUGAUUGGUUGAUUUCUCUUGACCUCUGCAAAGGCAGCCUCCAUAUCGUCACUACUUCCAGGCGCGUGUCCCAGGCCAGGCCCUCCCAGAGCCAGGCUUGUUUUUUGGCCUCGUCAGCUUGACCCAGGACCAUCAAGGCUUCUCAAUUUGUAUUUUCCAGGCGAGAGGACUUUGUAUCCCUUUUUUAAAGUGUCGAUAGACCACCCAAUGUUUAUACUCUUUAGAAAUGCCUAAAAGUGUUGCUAUGUUUUGGAUUGAUCUGUUAAAUCAUUUAAUGGGAGGUAGAGGUUUUGCCUCAUCUUUCCCACCUGUGGGCUUAUGGGGGAGCUGGCGCCUACCCGUGCCUUUGUUGCGCCUGGGAUGGAGGCUGGGGCGGGAGGCCUGUCCACCUGGCUUCUGGAGCUGACACUCCAGGUCACGUUGAACAUUCAGGAUGUUUACAGCGCAAAACCUGUCUCCUUGCCGGCUCUCAUUUCCUGUAUAACUAUGCAGUUCUUCUCUCAUAUUUCUGGAGUGUUUGAGACUUUGCACAACCUACAUGGGUUCUGCCCAUCUGACAUGACAUCAGAGCUACCAAGGUUCCUGCAGAAGCUGUGCCUGCUAGCUUUGAAACAGACCUUUCUCAGCUGGGGGAUGUAGCAGUCCGCAGACCUGGCCCAAAAGAGCAAGGUCUGUGUCUCUUGACCUCUGGCUUCCCAAGGGAGCUGUGUAAACUGACCGCCAGGGCUGCCCAUGCGCAGGUCAGAGCCUCUGACACUAUUCGUUUCAAAUGCUUCCGGAAACUUCUUGCCUAGACCCUUUUCCUUCUCCUUUGCCAGUAACCGAUUAACCAAGUUCUCCAGCAUCUAAGACUGACCUCUUCCUUUCGUUAGGUCUCUUGUAUGUUGUUAAUUGUUUGGUUUAGAAGAUUCAGAAAAACCUUUCUAUGGGGUGGAUUGAGCUACAGCAGCCUGUCCUCCCCAGCACACCCUUGGGGUAGUGGCCCUGCUGUUGGCCAUAGACAUUCUCUGGGGAGUUGCUGGACACUUAGUGUUGUUUGAUUUAUGACCUUAACAAUGGAUAGGCUUGUGGGGUUUUUUUGUUUUUUAAUUUAAUGAUAAGAUUUAAUUCACUAAAAUUUAUUCAAAGGGGAUAUUUAUACUUUUAUACUUUUUUAGGUAUCCAUAUUUUAUCAAGCUUACUGUUUAAUGCCUAAGUUUCCCCUGAAAUAGCAAAUAAAAUUGUGUAUUUAUGAA